AUGGCGCGCAAGCCCAGGCCGCUCGUGUCUGCCACCGCGGCUCCUCUCAAAACCGUCCAUACCUACCCGACCAAGAACGCCAACAUCUCCCUCCAUGUCUUCUCGUAUCCCCAGCGUGUGCCCACCUUCAUGGGCGGCAGCGCCGACCGCGGAUGGGGCGCAUUGUCUGGCAGCGUCGACAUCCAAGUCACCGAUCCCUCGGGCGAUCGCAUCUCGGCCAUCAAGCUGACCCUCACUGCCACGCAGACCAUCACCAUACCCAAAACGGCUUCCACAGAUACCCCUUCCGUGCUCGACCGGAUGCCCAUCGAUCCCGAGGAGACAAAGACAAAGGAGGUCACCCUGCUCCAGCUCGAAACGUUGCUGCUCGAGCCUCCCAAGAACGAAACCGACCGCGACUCCGACCUCUUGCCCCAGGGGAGGCACGCCUAUCCCUUCACCAUCGACCUGCCCUUAGUGGGCAACAAGGACAAGAAGAAUCCUCCGCUCCUUCCUCCAUCUUGCGUCAUCGAGCCGCUCCUCGUCGGACCAGCAGACGCCAAGAUGCGUCAGAAGGCAAAGGCCAACGGCAAGGGGACCAUCCGACCGGCUUGGGCCACCGUCAAGUACCAGCUCAAGCUCACCGUGCAAAGACCAGGCCUGCUCAAGCGCAACCUCCGCAGCUAUGCGCCUUUCGUCUACCUGCCUCCGCCCGCUCCUGCGGCAACCUCGCUUCUGCUCAAUAGACGCAUGCUCGGCGCACAGAUGGCCGCCAUCGUCCUUCAGCGCCAAGGCGACGGAUGCCAGCCCAUCGAGACGACGGGUGACUGGCUCACCCGUCCACUCCCCUUUCUCACCUCGCCCAACGGUCCUCAAAAGCUUGAGCCCGAACGCAAAUCAGGCUUCCUCUCCUCCCUAUUCGGCGGUCCCAAGAAGCAGUCCGUAGUUCACUGGCACGAGGCGUGGACGCUGUCCAUGCCUAUGGCACCCCAGGCGUGCUUCCCGCUGCGCUCCUCCAUCCCUUUCGUCGUGCGCUGCGCAACCAACAAGCCGAUCGACCUCACCGUAGGAUCUCCCCUCACAUUUACGCUCUUUCGCAGAGUGCGCCUGCUCACAGGCAAGAAGCAGAAACCCAUCGCCGUGCAGCAAGAACCGGUGACAGACGCCGCGCUGAGGUGCUCGGUAGAGUCUCGCGGCGUCUUUCGCCUCAACGGCUUGCUCUCGCUACCGCCCAAUUGCGUACCCAACUUUGAUCUGCCCAGUCUCGCGCUCGACUACUACCUGGCUGUCGUUCGUGUGCUCGACGGCAGCGUCGUGCACAAAGAAUCGAUCAGCCUCGCCUGUCCGCCUCCAGUCGAGCCCAAGACCGCCUACGGUCCGUAUCCGUCCGGUCUGGCGUGGCGCAGCGCGCAGCAAGCCGCCCUGCAGUCUCGAAAUGUCCUGCCAGCCUCGGACGAGUCUCCGCCUUUGGCACCUCGAUCGGUAGCACCCGCUUCCGAAUACUCGUCGGCAGUGUCGGGACGCCAGAGACCCAGCAUCAGCAGCAUGGCAAGCUCAGCCGGUUCGAGCGCGUAUCUGCAGCCGCAGAGCAGGCGCACUUCGGAAGCACCCUCACUCCGAUCCUUCCGCUCCGCCUCGACAGAUUCAGCCCACUUUGCCACUGCGCCCAGUUCCGUCAGCCACGGCAGCGCUGUGAACAAUGUCAGCGCAUCCAUGGGGCUGGCCGGUAUGACGAGCCCUCCGCCUGCUUCCUCCGCCGGUGCAUCUGGAUUCGUACACGCGCAGUCUUCUGGCAACCUCAACGCGGUCAGGGAGCAGGCAGCUGUGCAGCCUCGCGCAGCAGCAACGGCAACCCGCGAGCAAAAAGUCCGACGAGCCUCUCAGCCGGCAACGGAAGCAGCAGAGACAGCAUCGAUCGCGAGCAGCCGCACGCGCAGCAGAUACUCGUCCAAAGGCGCUGCAGCCGACUCGGCCAUCAGCUCCGCACGCUCGUCGGCAGAGCUCGAUCGUCCUGCGCACAUUCACGUCACCGAGAAAGGAGCUGCACCAGGCGCACAGUCGAGCGGACGACGCGCUCUGUUCGUGACCAAUUCAGACAGCCUUCCCAGCAUCCCCGCCAAGACGGCCACCUCCAUGCGCCAGCACGCCGAUGCGCUUGUGGGAGAGGGUUCGCGGACCAAGCAGCCUCGCGCCAAGCGCAAAGAGCCAAAGAGUCGGCGCGGCUCGUCUUCCAGUCCAAGCACGCAGCCACCAUCCGCAGCGUCUGGUAGCCCCAGGCGCGCGCAUGCUUCUUCUUCUCCCAACGCUGCCGGACAGUCUCGACGCGCAGAACGACCCUUACUCGCUCCUGCGCCGAUCCCCGACCCCCCGGCACCGAUCGCUGCGCCCCCUCCGCCGCCGACUCAGUUAACCCCGGUCGAUCCAGCCUUCCUUCUCACCAACGACGACCUAAUGUACGGCGAAGACAUGGAACUCGACCUCCCACCCAGCUACUUUGAAGCCGUCUACGGCGCAGGCGAAGACGAAGACGAUGCCUGA